AUGACGGUUACUAUAUCAUCGAAAUACCUCGCGUCUAGGAAAGCCGUACUUCAGAAAGAAUGGACACUUGACGAUAUAUUUACCCAUCCCGAUUUUCGUUUGCUGUAUGUUCCUUCAACAAAUGAGCAAGGCGGCAUGACCAUCAUUACCCCUUCCAAGCAUAGGUCAUCCUAUUUACAUGGCCGUGAAUUUUAUGCGCUGUCUCAUUUGUGGGGCACAGAACCCAACAAGCAUAUGUGGGACGUAAGCGAUCUUAUUAGUGACGAGGAGGGUACCCUUGUCGAACCAAUUCCGAUGCGACCUGAAAAACGUAAAACACUACUCAGCUUGUUGCAAUCCAACCCUGGAUACUGGUGGAUCGAUGUUUUGUGCUGUAGAUCUGAUACGCCACCGGUGAUCAUGAGUGGCGUAUAUGGGUGCUGCAAGCGCUGUUAUGCAAUGAUUGAUUGCUCGACUUCGGCCAUAUGGUACCUGUCGGUAAAGUGGGACCCUAAUUAUUUGGUUCAGUUGUUUCAUCCAACCGGGAACUAUGUGGGACCGAUGGAGAAAAAGGAAUACUUAAAAAAAUUAUUCCAGUAUGUCUACGAUGUUUACGACAGCCGCUGGUUUACACGUGUAUGGACUUUGCAAGAGGCCACACUUCCAUCAUGUGUUAUAUUACUCUCUGAGACAUGCGAUGCCUAUACUGAACGUAAGACAAUCAAGCUGAGAUCAUUACUCAAUCGUUAUGGAGAUGUUGGAAAACAUGCAGAAUGUAGGACUAAAUAA